ACAAACUCUUGUCAACUCCUCUAUGAAGUUGCGUGAAGUAAGAAGUGAAGUGCUGUUUUUGUGUUGUAGCGUGUAUGCUCAUGCCGUUCGUAAUUCGCGUAAUUUGAGCCCAUAUGUAAUUCAACUACUUGCUGAAAGAAACUAGCUAUCUAAGUUAACUGCGGUUGCAAGUUUACGAUCGUGACUACAUAUUCCGCGUCUAGACUGACAUGGUAACUAGGGUUCCACCACACCCUUGAUCGUCGUCAACGUUGCGUGUUUAUCGCCCGCGGCCGUGUUUUCGAUCACCCAGACGUUAUCCUGUGUGCUUAGUAGUGUUUGUGUAAAGUUUGACUUGUGGGUUAGUCGUGCUGUGCGAUCCUGGUGUGUACAUUGAUGGGCAGAGUCGCGCAGGGCUGGCGGGCGGCAGAGAGGCCGCAUCGGCGGGUUUUUGCUUCGCGGAGGGUCUUCUAUAAAAUCAGUCACACUGGAACUGAUGGAAUUAGAGAAUAUCGUCGCGAACACUGUUUACUUGAAAGCCAGAGAGGGCGGUUCCGAUAGCAAUAAGGGGAAGAGUAAAAAGUGGCGCAAGAUCCUGCAAUUUCCUCACAUAUCACAAUGUAUAGAUAUAAAAACAAAAAUAGAUGUAGGUUACGAUUACGUGGUAGAUCAGCAGCCGAUCGGGAAGCUACUCUUCAGGCAGUUCUGCGAGAGGAACAGGCCCGAUUAUCACAAGUACAACAGCUUUCUUGAUGCUUUUUAUGCUCAGGUCGAAAGAUACGAAGUGGAAGUGGACGAGACGAGGUUGGCACUGGCGGUCGACAUAUUCGGAAAAUAUCUGAAGACUGAAGACUGCGACGCCGUAACGGAUGUAGUCGGCAGGCAGACGAUUGACGAUGCCAGCGCGCUGCUCGAAGGCGGUUCCAAGGACAUAUUCUCGGAAUGCAUCAAAUACGUCAAGUGUUUCCUGGCGGGCACUCCGUUCGGAGAGUUCGAACGCUCGAUGUACUUCCACCGGUACCUCCAGUGGAAGUGGCUGGAGGCUCAGCCGGUCACGCAGAACACCUUCAGGAUGUACCGAGUCCUCGGGAAGGGCGGCUUCGGCGAGGUUUGCGCUUGUCAGGUUCGGGCGACCGGCAAAAUGUACGCUUGUAAGAAAUUAGAAAAGAAAAGGAUCAAGAAGCGCAAAGGUGAAGCGAUGGUGCUGAUCGAGAAGCAGAUCCUGCAGAGGAUCAAUUCUCGCUUCGUCGUCAACUUGGCCUACGCGUACGAAACGAAAGACGCACUGUGUCUAGUCCUCACUAUCAUGAACGGUGGCGAUCUAAAGUUUCACAUUUACAACAUGUGCGGCGCGGAGACGGGCCUGGGACUGGAGCGCGCGAGGUUCUACGCGGCGCAGGUGGCGUGUGGCCUCGAGCAUCUACACAAGAUGGGCAUAGUUUACAGAGACUGCAAGCCGGAGAAUAUAUUAUUGGACGACGCGGGUCACGUGCGCAUCUCUGACCUCGGGCUGGCGGUGGACGUGCCGGAGGGGGGCUCUGUGCGGGGGAGGGUGGGGACCGUCGGGUACAUGGCGCCCGAAGUGAUCGACAACGAGCGGUACACGUUCAGUCCGGACUGGUUCUCGUUCGGUUGCCUGGUGUAUGAGAUGAUCGAGGGUAGAGCGCCGUUUCGGGCCAGAAAAGAAAAGGUCAAAAGGGAAGAUGUCGACAGGAGGGUAAAGCACGAGCCGGAGAAGUACUCGAGCAAGUUCAGCGAGUGCAGCCGCGCGCUGUGCUCGUCGCUGCUGAGCAAGGCGGCGGGCGCGCGGCUGGGCUGCGGCGCGGGGCGGCGGGGGGCGGCGCUCGUCAAGGCGCACCGGUUCUUCGCGCACCUCAACUGGGCGCGCCUCGAGGCCGGCAUGGUGCCUGCGCCCUUCGUGCCAGACCCGCACGCCGUCUACGCCAAGGACGUCCUCGACAUCGAGCAGUUCAGCACCGUGAAGGGCGUCAACCUGGACGCGGCCGACGACACGUUCUACGGCAAGUUCAACACGGGCAGCGUGUCCAUACCCUGGCAGGCCGAGAUGAUCGAGACCGGCUGCUUCAAGGAGCUAAACGUUUUCGCGUCGACGGAGGAGGGUCGGGAGGCUCCGACGGUGGAUCUGCAGCUGGUGCCUUCCACCGCCGCCGCCGAGGAAGAGAAGGGAUGCUUCGUUUUCGCAAGACGAGUAUUGUGUCCUCAAAAGAAAGUCCCGGCGCGCCUCCGUCCCGUGUCGGUCCCGGAGCACCUCCUGCCGCCGCCCGCUGCCUCUAGCUGACCGGCGCGCGCCGCCCCAUCACACACAACCCCGACCUACGAGCACAGACCAUACCCAACCCCGACGUACGAGCACAGACUAUACACUAACGAUAACAACGUGCACAACCCUAAAUAGCAAAGGGAAUGUAAUCGAUCGUCGAAUCGAUUAGUCGUAUCGAUAUCGCGAACGUAAAAUCCUCCCGCUGUUUGGAUACCGGGUGUAAAAUAUUAUUAUUGCGAAACUAAGAUAUUAAGAUUCGAGAGAGGUGUAACUGCGUAACACAAUAAGUUUUUUUUUUUUAUCGAUACGCCACAGACAAGUAAUACGUAUUUAUGGUUCUAUGAAAUUUUAUCGAUUAUUGUUUUCGUAAAUAAUACAUCCUAUUAUUUACAUAUUGUGUAAGUAAAGUGUAAAGUUGAAAAUAUAUUUAAAAAAACCCGUGAUUUUUUUUACGAUUUUAAUUUGGAGAUGUAACAAAAAAUAGAAAAUUAAAAACGGACUCUUUGUACAUGCAAUAAGACUCGUUUUGCAGUAACAUAUGAAUUCAUUAAAAUAUUCAGAAAAAGGAAAACAGAACCUUCAUACUACUACUGUAUUGGAAAAAGAUACUCCUGUAUUAAUGUUAAUAUUUUAAAAUUAAGUAAAAAAAACAUGGUCAUACGUUUAUUGUUAUUGUUUAUUGUCAGACAAAUUAUCUUAUUUUUUUCAUUUACUCAGUUUGCAUUUUGAUACUCAUCGUCAAGAAUACAAGUUUUCGACUUAUGUAGAUUUCAUUCGUCUCUGUGCACAAGUUUAUGGUCUAUGGUGACACAGUGGUGCGUUCCCUGAUCGCAAACAUAGUACCGUACCGUACCGUACCAUCAUUUCAUUUUCUUUUGUAAUGGCGGUCCUUUUUGAUUUCGCCAAAGUCAAGUUUUAUAGAGUCUGUGGUUUUGGUUAUGCUCAGAUGUCUUUUGGUGUGGUUUGGAUUCUGGUUUGUUGGGUGGGCUUCGUGAUUGCACAAGGUCACAUCAAUUAUAAUUAUUAUUAUUUUACAAAGUAAUCAACUGUUGAAUUACUUACCUAAAUACCGUACCAUCAACAUCUGACAUCACAUUUUUUGACGUUUCAUUACGUGUGACAGCUGUCAAAAGCACGCUCGAUAGAUAAUGGUAUUUAAAUAAUGCUUUGCUUAAAGGAACGAUAUUGAAAUGUUUUCACGACAAUAAAUUGAGUAUUUUUGAUGCACAACAAUAAAUCAAGAUGAUAUUUUCUAUACGUUAUUUUUGUAAUUUGCAGUAAUGAAGCUGUCAUUGAAGUUAUAAACAUUAGUCGUGUCGAGCUAAGAACAGAGUACAGACAUAAUAGAAAAACCAUUCAACGCACAAAGAUUUUGUAUACAUUUUUUUUAUAUAGAAAAUGGAUUUUAAGGAAAACUAUGUAAGAAUUUUACCAACCCUAUAGGGCAACCUUAAACAGAAAUAAAUUAAAAAAAACACUAUAUUUUUCACAUUUACAGAAUAGUCAUGAAUGUAACAAUACCAGCAUUACGAUUAUGUUAAUAAAUAAUACGGCAACACUAGUGACUGUGGAGAAAAUUAUGUACUCAUUUUUCGUGUUUUUUGGUCACGCACAUAAUUAAACUUUCAACGUAUAUAUUAAUCGAUUUAAAACAUAAUGAGAAGAAAACUGAGAAAGACGCUAACUUCACAAGCGUAUCGAUAAAAUAAAAAAAGUGUGUGUGUCCGCUCCGACGCACGACUGGAGUUUACUGGAUAUAAAAAAUUAAACGAAACAAUACGAGAAAUAGUUCUAUAUUACGACAACACGAUACACUACAGAUUAUUAACAAAUUAACGAGACACAAAACAAACGACUAACAAAUAUAUGAAAAUACAAUAAUGAGAGAAACGCGCGAUCAGUACGAGGCUUUGUGGCGGACUGCCGGCGCAGCAGCCCGGCGUCACCUGCGAUAACGCAUUUCGUGUGACAUGCGCAAUCAGGCGCAUAACGCAUUUCGUGUGACAUGCUAGUACGAUUUUGGUCCCCAUAAUUUUCAUACCCCGGGCCUAUAUAUGUAAAUCGAUUCUAAAGGAGUAAACUCCAAAAAUCGAUAUAAUAUCGAUUUGAUAUCAAUAAAUCAAUCAAUUAUUCCGUUCACACCAUAAACAUUAUUUUUUUUAUUUAAAUUUGUAUAAUGUUUGGGCGUUGUUCUUUCUUUUCGUCGAUUUCCAGUUGCAAAUGUUUCUGAGCGAUUAAACAGAAUAUAUUUAGUGUUCCGCCUCACCUAUCCAAUGAAUGGCAGUCACUAUGUCGUCUCUAUUUGGUCUGGGUACAACUGAACAUGUCCCACGUGACGACUUACAUCUGAAGAUAAUUCAGACGAAAAGUUAUAAAAUAUUUUUUUAUACCAUUAAUUCUCGAUAUAAUUUUUACAGAAAGAAGUCUGUAUCUACGAAUAUAGGGAUUGUUGACUGUAAUCAGGUACCUUUGGCUUUAUACCGUUUGCCUGCGUCGCGCUACGGACAGGUCAACGACGCAACUGUCAAACGAUAGUUUUUUUUUUUAUAGUCGUUGUAGGCAAACGAUGUUUUACAACAAAGCCGACAUUAGUUCAGUAUGUUUAGUGCACGAUAUGCGACAAUUAUUAUUGUUGUCGCGAGCUACUAUUUCCAUAACGAAUUUCGUUUAAAAUGUGUUCAGUGCACUGGGCGUGAAAACGCAAUAGACAGACAGUUUCUUUCCUAUUUAUAAUAUUAAAAGUCGGCGUGAAAUAACUUGACGCUAAGCUCGUCACGCGACUAAUCAAUGAAGCGGCCAUCUUAAAUUUGAAAACGUCAAGAAUGACGUCAUCAAACGAGAAACUAAUAUAUUUAGAGUUGGCUUCUUGAGACUUUCCUAAUAAUUAAUUACAAUUGUUUUUUUUAUUUACAUUAUUUAUUGGUCAACAGUCCGGUCAUAACAACAACGGUCUUAUAAAUCGUUCAUCCGUGUAAACUAACCUUUAUCGUACGGAAUAAUCUAGAACUUAUUUGGCAAGCGAUGUGCUCGCAGACCGUAGUGUUUCCGUUUUGGAGACAUUAUGCGAUUUCUUUGAUAGCAACGGGCAAUCUGAUGAUAUACAAAAUGGUGUCUUGUAAUUUUCCGUUUUUUUUAAAUUUACAUUUUAUUUACAAACGAUAUAGCGUUACGUCAGAACCAAAUGGUCAUAAGUCAAAAAAAUUAAUCAGUUUUGGAAACAGUAAUGAAUGUGUAAGGGCGGGGUUCGAAAAAAAUAGAAGUGUAAUUUUUUUGGGAUUUUUGAUUAAUAACUCCAUAACACUUCUAGACUUGUUGCUCUGUGGUUCUGACAUAUCGAUAUAAUAUUGAUUAUGGAGGGUAGAGGUAAAGACUACUAUCUUGUAUAGGGGACAAGUUGAUAGUGUCCACCUGUUAACAGCGAGUUAUUGUUGGAACACUCAUCGAAGUAGCGCUAGUGUAGGAAAUGGAAAUUAUAUGAUUAAACCAGUUUUAAACAGAGCGAAGAGUGUUGAAUUGAAAAAAAAAAAUAAUUUUCAUGACUUUCUGGUGGUAGGACCUCUUGUGAUUCCGCACGGGUAGGUACCACCGCCCUGCUUAUUUCUGCCGUGAAGCAGUAAUGCGUUUCGGCUUGAAGGGCGGGGCAGCCGUUGUAACUGACUCAAAUUCAAUUCAAACUCAAAUUCAAAAUCAUUUAUUUCAACUUAGAUGUCAGUAUGACAUACUUGUUAAAUGUCAAAAUAUAAAUAACAACGCUAACUCUACCACCGGUUCCAAAAAAGCCACAGUCCUGAGAAGAACCGGCGAAACAAACUCAGCGGGCUUUUUUUUUGUUUUUUCUCAAAUAUUUACUUUUUUUUUUAACUGAUUAUGCUUGUGACCUUAGAACUUAUAUCUCAAGGUGGGUGGCGCAUUUACGUCGUAGAUGUCUAUGGGCUCCAGUAACCACUUAACACGAGGUGGGCUGUGAGCUCGUCCAUCCAUCUAAGCAAAACUUUGGUAGUUAAAAAAUAUGCAUUAUUUAAAAUCUCAACCAUUUAUUUUUGUUAUUACUAUUUAUGUAAGAAAUGUUUCCUUUUUUAAUAACCUACUCUAAUAGCUUAUUGGGGCUGUUUUUAAAUUCUUUCCACUUGCUACGACUUUAAUUAGCUCCAUUUCAAAGUUUUUUAGUACUGAGAUUGUUCUUCUUACUUCUGCCCUUUAUAAUAUUGGUGCAUCAGUGACGCGACUUGAUGUAUUACAGAUAUUUGCGCGAUAAUUUUAAGAAUAAGCGAAUUGUUUUAAAAAUACAGUCUUCAGAAAGAAUGUUACAGACGAAUCCGUCUUAAUGCUCUGUGUCGGGACUCUGGUGGCGUGUUCGUGUAUUAAACGCGGCGAAUUUUAAUCUAUUUAAACACGAUUUUAUCUUUAUGGCAAAUAGAAUUAGAUUUAUGCUAUUCGCGACAUAAAAAGUGAUUUAUACGAUUAUAUUAUUUUCACUUAAUACGCGAUAUAUUUAUGUUUGUAAUUAAAGUUGUUUUUUUAUUUGAUUUUUUGGAGUCAAUCGCCAGAUGAUUGAGUCGUUGGAUGGGUGCUAUGCCACGGUAUCCGGGUUCGAUUCCCGUAACGGAAUCAGUAUCUGAGCGAUACACAUUCAUAAUAUGAAUUAUAAUAUAAUAUACAUAAUAUUCGAGUGUCAUGUGUAUGCUAUUGUCUCUUACUUAUUCCCGGCAUAUCCGACACGUGUAAAAUAUGGAAUGUCUAUUAUGUUUUUUAAAAAUCAUAUACAUAUUCCUAAUUAUCUAUAUAGAUCCAAACAUAAAAUACUUUAUUUUGAUGAUUUACAUUGAAUGAAAGUGUUAUGCGCCUGUAAACCAUAUUAGACCUUAACACUUUGGGUUUAAAGGCUAUUUUUUGAAAUUGCAUGUGAUGAAAGAGUUAUGUUCGAAGAAAAAGUAGAAGUGACAAAAGUUUGUCGCCCAUUUUCUCAAAAUUAACAAAUCGUAUCAUACCCCCUUCAUCCAUUCACGUCUUCAAUUAAUAAUAUCUUGUGUGUACUCUACAAUCCGUAUUUCUGCCUCCAGGAUCGUUAGCAAUUUAAUUCUUUUGCCAUAAUGAUUGAUUAUCAAAAACGUUGAUCGUGUCAAGCCAUGACAAGUGUAUUAAGUUUAUUUGAAUGAGGUCGAUAGAGAUCGCGUUUCAAAGAAAAUGUCGCUUCGUUCGACCGAACGCGGGCAUUCCGUUCGUUCACCAUUCGGUCAUUUGCGGUGGCUCGUUCAUUCCUAAUUCUUAUUACUCUAGCAAUAAGGUGUAUUGUUGAAUAAUUUGUAACGUAUAAACAUUUUGUUAAAGCAGUGUCGAAAUGAUUGACAAUCUUUAGGAGAAUCAAAAAUAAACAUUUCGAUUGAAAGUGUUUUUAUAGGAUGUUAAGCUAGAUAGAUACAAAAUAUGUUUUCUCAUAGCAUCACGCAAUUUAUUAUAUUAAUUAAAUUAAAAAUAAAGGGGUAAAGAUUGUUGACAGUCGACCUGCACUGAUUGAAUGAUUGUAUAUACAUUUGAUGAACGAGUGAAUGAAUGGGGUAAUGUGUUUUCCGAAUUUAGUUUUUUUAUUUUUAUUUUUUAUCAUGAAGUCACCGACAGUUCCAUUGUGAUACGAUUUUUUUAAUUGUUUGUGUUAAAUCGAUAAACAUUACUCAAACUGAUUUGAACGUUUAUAAAAUUGAAGGACCUUUGUCCUUUAAAAAAAACUGUAUUCAAAUUCAGUAACGUCAUAGCUACACUACAAAACGCAUUAUCUGAUUUUUGUAGUGGAUUUAAGUGUGCGUUUCUUUAAGAUUAUAAUCGAUUUUAAGUGAUCGGUUAUCGAUUUGGCAAUCGAUUUUGAAAAAUUUGUCGAGAGAAAGCUUGGUCUUAACGUGUAAUGAAAUCUUUCAUUUUUGUAAUUGUUUUUUUGUAUUCCGCAAUCAAAGUAAUAACGAAUUCUGUUUGGGGUUCAAGACGAAAUCAAUCUCAAUUAAUUAUGAUACGUCUUUAUAUAGUUUGUGUGAAAAUGACACUUUCGACGUUAUGAUUCCCGAUAUGUUUUAGUUUCGGUAACUCAACAUUUUCAACCAUGAAAAUAGCGGUUUCUUGUUAUUCUAAAGUCCUCGGUAAGUUUUCUUCGUGUAUUUGGCGACGUUCAAGUGAAAUAAAGCAUAAGAGGAACUUAAUUAAUAAUCAUUCUAUCGACUUAUCAUCACAUUGCAAACGAAUUUACUUCUAACGCUAGAUGCACAAGGUCCGAAAUUCAAUGUCGGAAAUGAAUAACAUUGUUUUUAAAUCAGUGAACCCGAGUGAAUGUUAAAGACUAACGCGAUUAAUGCCGCGUUGAUUCCACUGCGCUGUAGAAUGCGUCCUCCUCACAGAUAACCUCACAGAUAUUAAUUCGUUUGUGGUUAUUACGUUAAUGGUCACCCGACCUUUUAGCCUAUCUUGGUUCUUCUAGUAAUCAUAUGAUAUUUUGGUACAACGGUUGAUAUUUACCGAGGCAGUAAUGGAGUUUGACAGUUUUUUUUCUGAAGAAACAGACAAAGAGAGAAAAGUUGCAUUUUAUUGGUCGUUUUCUUAAAUACGAAUUAAUCAUUAUUCCGACGUUACACGUUUAAGACUCUAAUAAAUAUAAAUUUAACAAAAUAUUUGUUCCGAAUACUAAGCGUUCUCAUCUCAUCGAGCGUAGUUUAAAAUUUUAUUUUAAUCAUUUUUAAAAUCUCUAGUUUAUUGAAAACAUUUUAAAUUUAGUUUAACUUGUCACGUACGCAAGUACAAUGCAAGUGUGAGCGAAUUAAAAAAAGUAAUAAUGAGUCGUCUAUUAUCAAAGGUGGCAAUCUGUGCAUUUGGACAAAAAAUUUUUAUUGAUAUGUCAAUACAGAUUGAUUUGAAUAUAAUCGUCUCCUUCAAAGAAUACGGUUCAAAACCUGCAUUAAAUAAAGGUUAAUAGUUAACCUGUUAUUUAUCUAAGAUGUCGUUCCGAAGAGUUUUGUGACUGCCAAUGGAAUACAAAGUCAAUAAUUCGUUUUUCUGAUUUACCAAUCAUUGUCCAAAAGUCAGAUUGCCGGCUUUGAUACUAGUCGACUCUAAUGACAGAUCAUCGCAUCGUCGCUCGUAAAUACGUAAAAGCAUAUGUCGUAUGUGUCGUGUGAAUGCGAUUGUACAUUCAAUUUGUAUGGCGAUAUGGUUCAAUAUACUUUGAGCGUAUUUACUUUAUUUUGUUGUUGUUGUUGUUCGUUUUUACUUUAAUCAAAGCUCAAACGCUUUCCGGAGCUCAAUUUCGUAUGUGGAUUUAUUAAGGCGUUAUUAUAGGGCGUUCUUUUUUAUUGUAUUGUCGACGGUAAUAUUCAUUUAUGAGCAUGGUUUAUGACGCUGGCGGUGUGCAUAUAUAUGUUGUCGUCCGAUGUGUUUUUAAGGCAUUUAAUAUUACGAUGUACGUGUGGCCGAAUUUUUGUAAGAAUUUAUAAAUAUUAUUAUUAUAUAUACUAUUAUUAUUAUUAUUAUUGAUCGAUUAAGUCCAUACCUGUAUUAUACUCAUUUUAAUGCAUUUUGUACUCGUUUUGGACGUGUCACGAGUCUUGGUUUUUUUUAAACGUUAUCAAAAAGAUAAUGCGGAACAUUAAUGGUAUUAAUGAGAUGAUUCGAUAUUUUGAAAUUAAAGACAUUCGUUUUACGAUAAAAAAUACGGGUAGUUGAUGAUGAAUUGUCGUGGGUGAGUUAGCAGAAGUUCCGUAAGACGUAAAAUUGCGUAAUAGCAACGAGACUCUUCACGCACGAUCGAUUUCCUCGUUAUUGUACGAGAAAAUCAAACUACCCACAGUUUAUUGGUAUUUAAUAAAGUUGUGGGUAUUCGUGGCUCGACGUGGGUAGUCGUGGAACCGCGACGCGUCCGAUCGAGUUGUUUUCGAGAUGAUAUUUGUAUGCUGUCCUUGGACACAGCGCGCUGUACUCUAGCUUGUUAGUGUAGCUUCUUAACUUACAGUUAGUCGUUAUUGCAGUAUUUCGAUGCAAAUAUUAUUUAAAAACUUAUUCGUAAAUAAAUGACCCUAUAGAA